AUGAAAUCAGAAAUGAAAAUGCUCAUCUCAUCAAGACAAGACAUCAUCCUUUGGUUGUUCGAGCGUCUUCGUUUGUUCUGUGGGGGAGCCAUUUUACGGAACCGCGAUUUCAUUGUGUCGAUUGGGGAAUGGAGAGGAUUUUGUCCAACCGGCGUCGUUCCGAUGGAGAGAGUAGUUCCGCUUCCGCCGAGGACACCCGCCGGAAACGCGCCAGAGUUUAUAUUGAUUACGAGUGAGUUUGAGUGGGAGACGUUGGCAUUGGGCAUUCGUUAA